AUGUAUUCCACACUGGCGGGCUCAGCCCUCACUGUGUUGACCCUUUGUUCCAUCGUACCACGCACAGAAGCACAGACGUACUCGUCAUGUAAUCCUCUUCUACAAAGUGGAUGUCCUGCAGACCCUGCUCUCGGCAGGACUGUCGACAUUGAUUUCACAGCAGGCUCCUCGAGCGAAUUCGGCGCCUCAGGAGCAGUAAGUUACACCUCCGACGGCGCAGCAUUCACGAUCUCCCAGCACGGCGAUGCUCCUACCCUCUCUUCGAAUUGGUACAUAAUGUUCGGCCACGUCGAUUAUGUGGUGAAAGCGGCUCCAGGAACGGGAAUAGUGAGCGCCGCUAUUCUGCAGUCUGAUUGCCUUGACGAGAUCGACUGGGAAUGGAUAGGUGGGGAUAAUACACAAGCCCAGAGCAAUUACUUUGGGAAGGGCAUCACAACAACUGGCUACAACCGAGGAGCAUUUCAUGGAGCACCCAACAACCAUGACGAGUUUCACACCUACAGCAUUGACUGGACUGCCGACCAGAUUGUUUGGUCGAUCGAUGGCACCACAGUUCGAGUCAUGACCCAAGACCAAGCAGAAGCCGGCCAAUAUCCCCAGACUCCAAUGUACGUCAAGUUAGGUACUUGGGCUGGUGGCGAUUCAUCCAACCCUGAAGGCACAAUUCAGUGGGCCGGAGGCGUUACCGACUACUCCGCGGGGCCCUUCACCAUGUAUGUGAAGUCUGUCCAUGUCACGGACUACUCGACAGGGUCACAAUACACCUACAGUGGUACCAGCGGUACCUGGCAAUCCAUCAGUUCGACUGGCGGCCAAAUCAACAGUGAAGGUGACGGUACUCCAGCUGCGACUGGAACAGCACCUGCAGUCACUUCCUCCGUGCCCAAUGAUGCGCCACUUGCUUUUGGAAACAGCGGUGACACCUCUUCAGUGUAUGCUACGCGAACAGGCUGGCCGUGGUCUGGAACGGCCACAGCCACAGCAGUGUCUGUGGUAAGCUCUUCAAUUUCUGGGCUGACAAUCGACAUCUCCCUCCCUAUAUUCGUCUCCAUCGGUAGUAUCAUCUUCGGCCUCGGCCUCGGCUUCGCUUGA